UAUGUUUGAAAUUGUAGGUUAACACCAGUUAACACUACUGCGUCUAAAUUGAACCUAACCUCACGCUCAAUUUUCUUAGCAAAUGUACUAAGGUCAGAGUUAAGGUAUCGAUUAGCGAUCUAAAAAUAGUUAAAAAUGAGUGAUACUCGAUUGAAUGGCAACAGAAAAAUGAGCGCCCCCGAAGGAAAAUCGCCAUUUCUGAUUGGGGUAGCUGGUGGAACUGCUAGCGGCAAGAGCACGGUCUGCAAACGCAUUAUGGAGAAAUUGGGGCAGGCCGAAAUCGACAACAAGCAGAGACAAGUUGUCUGCAUAGCCCAGGACAGUUUCUACCGAGAUUUAACUCCCUCUGAAAUCGCCAAGGCUGCCAAAGGUCAAUUCAACUUUGAUCAUCCAGAUGCUUUUGAUGAAACCUUGAUGAAGACCACAUUGAAUGAUAUAUUGGCUGGAAAAAUAGUUACCAUUCCUACAUACGACUACAAGAACCAUGCUUUGUAAGUAACCACCUUUUACUCUAUGUAUAGCAAUCAUAGAUAUUCCAGCCUAAUUCUAUAAAUAGUGCUGUAUUUAUUUAAAUAUACACAUUUCAAUAACACCCAUUUGCUAUUUCACACUAAAGAUCAGCUGAACACCCUGAACGUUUUACGACACUGGAAUUUAAAUUCAUACCUUUCACGGUUAGUUUUUUCGUAUUCAGUUUCAUAUUUGUACGAAGUUCAUAACUUUCCUCAAUUGUGAGUUUUUCAAGUCAACAUUCUAUAGAAGUAUAUUGUUUGCAUUCAGCGAUUAUUAUUAGGAAGAUAAAACGAAAACAAGCAAAUUGAUUUUUUUUAUCACAGAAAUAAAACAAUACAUGCACGUUGGCAGGAAAGAAAAUCAGAAACUUUUAAAAUCACAGUCGUGAACGUUAGCUUUAUAUUGUGAAAUUGUUUGAAGUGUGAAAAAGAAGCGGUGCACCAUGCAGAAAGCAUAUGGAAAAUUUCAAGCAUUAAGACUCAAAUACUUAUAUUAAGGUUCGACUAGUCAGCCUCAGUUAACCAAAAAGAGAUUACGG